CGGACGCCUGGGCGCAGUUAUCUGUAGACUUGGAGCUGGGCGCUGCUGGAAGGGGGUGUAGUGUAGUUUGUGGUGGUGCUCCGCUUGCUGGUGGGGCUGUGUAUUACUUCCAGCUUGGUAACGGGAUGAGCGGGCAGUGUGUGUGUGUGUGUGUGUGUGUGGACAUAAUAGCCCAUCCAAAACGGGGCAGGCGUCGAAUGCAGCUUCAGCACGAGCCUCAGCAGCCGCUUGAGCUUCUUCGUGUUGUGGAAACGAUGAACAUCUCUGGUGAGGAUUAACCUGUUCCAUACUAAAUAAAGCGUGCAGGUCGGGCAGACUGGGAUUAAAUCCGUCCGAUGGCGAGCGAAUGCACCCAAGAAGCGGUUCUGCGCUUCCUAACGGAGAGGGGUGGGAGAGCGAGGAACGUGGAUCUGAUUGAACACUUUCGAUCAGCCAUUCCGACCGAGCCAGGCAAGAAAUCAGCGGCCAAAGAGGCUUUCAAAGGGUAUGUUGACAGCGUGGCCGUGGUGAAAGUGGACAAUGGGGAGAAAUACGUGUGCUUGAAGAAGAAGUUCAGAGGUGGGCUCGUUGGAGGAGACCGUGAUGGUCGUCAGCAGGAUGGUAUGGAAAGGACGGGAGAUACGGAGCAGGGGAACGGUGGCAGGAACAGUGUCGUUACGCACGCUACACGAGCUGUCCCGUCAGAAAGCAGCGAGAACGGAGAUGCAAAACAAGAAAUUGCACCUGGCACUGGUUGCGGAACUGCUGGUCCGGGUGUGCCGGGGAACACCUCGCCUGCAGGAGAAGAUCAGCCUGAAGCAGAGAUGGGCAAUCAGGUCAUGACAAGAAAAGGAUCUGAAAAGGGAGUCAGAAAACUCGAGGAUAUACCAGAGAUCACAGUGCUGGCAGAUGUGUCUCUUCUGCAUGUGACUGACAGGACUGAAGUAGAAAGCAUGGUUGGGUCUGAAGAAAGGUGUGAUCAGACUGUUCCAGAUGGAUUGGAGAGUAGUAGUCCUGAUCAGACUGUUCCAGAUGGGUUGAAAACUAGGACUCAUUGGAAGGGUACCUACUUGGAGGGUACAUCAUCUACACAGGAUGACCAACAGACAGAUGGCCAAGAUGCUUCAUCAGAUCAGACUGCUCCGACAGGUCCACUGGACCUGCAGAGCGAGUCAGAUCAGAAAAUAUCUCAGUGGCUCAGGCGCAAACAGUCUGGAGGGUCCCAGCGUGGUGGUGAACAGUCUGCAGAUGAGGGGCCAUUUAUUGACAUUAACACUCCAAAAGGCAGCAGGAAGAACUUCCUCGAGCACAUGAUGUCAAGUUCGCCACAGGUCCGGCGCAGCAUGGCCCUGAGGAGCUCAGUCUACCUGUCCAACAGGUGCAAGGAUUCUGCCAGGAGCGAUGGCGACGCAACGUCCUUGAACUCCUCCUCCGGCAACAACAUGUACUACGAGAAUGCUUCAGUUGCUCUAGAACCACUGGAGCAUGAGUGGAUGAUGUGUGCCAGCGAUGGCGAGUGGGAAAGCCUACAGCGUCUGCUGGCCACCGAGCCAGGCCUUAUUGGCAAGAAAGACUUUGUGACUGGUUUCACAUGCCUUCACUGGGCCGCCAAACUGGGCAAAGCCGAGCUGCUGGCUCUCCUUGUGAGCUUUGCCACUCAGCGUGGUGUUCCAGUGGAUGUAAACGCCCGCUCCAGUGCCGGCUACACGCCACUGCACCUGGCAGCCAUGCACAACCACAUGGAGGUAGUAAAACUGUUGGUGGGUGCUUAUGAUGCUGACGUGGAAGUACGAGACUACAGCGGAAGGAAAGCCAGCCAAUACAUGAAGAGCGAGGUGGCACACGAUGUCCUCGACAUAGUUGGGGCUAUCAGUGAAGCUGAUGUUGAAGUCCAGCGGGAAGUCCAUGGUGGAGAAGCCAGCGGGUGGAGGCUGUCCCGGGUCCUCCAGGCCAACCUUAGGCCAUUGAAGCUGCUGAAUCACAGUGCCAGUGAGGACGACGUGAGCACAGUGGGUGAGAACGCAGGGCUUGUAAAGGAGAAAGUGCUGCGCAGGAAGACGUCUCUGCGCGGGCUUAGGCCCAGACUCAGCAAGAUCCGAACAAGGACACAGAUUGUGCAUAGCACGUCUCUGUCUGGGCACUUUGAGAGGGAGGCUGUGGAAACCUCUGGGUCAUUUAGGUCCAGGCCCAAGUCAAAUCUCUUUGGGUAACUGUGGAUAUGAAGAUCAUAUGGAGGUCAUCUCAGGUCCACAGUUCCACUGAUUUUUUAAAACUUCUGCUAAAUUAAUUGGGUAUUCAAUGUAAGCAUUUAGUCAUUUAAUGUGGUUUGAUGUGAAAUUGUUCUAAAAUACUUGCACAGGGAUACAUGCAGGGUGUUGUUUAUCAAAAGAGUACCUAAAAAGCCUAUUUCUUAGCUUUACCACUAUUUUGCUAAAGUUGAAACAACAUGAAAUACACACAAAAGCUUGUGUAGUUUUACUUUUGCUAGUUUCAUUUUGGAUAAUUAGUGAAAUUGCUAUAUUUAUAUGGUCAACAUUGUAAGCCCUUGCAUUAAUGAUCUUUCUGAAAUCUGAAAACGUAAUUUCCUCUGAAAUCAAAAUUUUGCAAUCUGCAUGAAUUUGUUUACUCUCUGACUACAGAAUUACUAAGAAGUUUUGAACCAUCAGUGAAAUUCCCCUUUAAAGGAAUGACCAGCAACACUUAAUCACAAAAUCUUUUAUCAGUCUAAAAAGCUAAUGUUGAAUAACAACAUGCUAACAAUUAAUAAAACUCUGCCAUUUGUCUUUAUUAUGCAAAUCAAAUCAAGCUAAUUGAUGACUACGAUGACUGUUUGCAGUUUAGUGAUUAUCAACGGUAACAGGCUUGGUCAGUAACAUCCUUUAAGGACUGCAUUUCUGAAUGUGGAUUUAGCCUAAUGUGCACUGCUAUUUAUAGAAAUCCUGUUUACUCCAGGUUUAGGCUUAAUCUGGGUGUGGGAAACCAUUCCACACUCAAGGUGGAGACAAGAAAGCCACCAGCAUUUAGCUUUACAGUAGCACUGCCCUGAAAUUUAAGGGAGCUGAUAUUAGUAGCAGCCAGCCACAAUAAAGAGAUACAGAUACAGAGUUUUAUUCACUUGACUGGGUGCUUAUUUUGGUAACAGCUAAUAUUUAUUAUUCAUGUCAUACCGCAUCACUUUUAUUACAGGAAAUAUCUUUACCUCUGUUUUUGUAAAUGGACUGUUAACUGUGUUGACUCACUUUUGAGCCAUUACAAGCCUUGGAUGUGGCUAACAUCCAAGUUAAAAUGCUCAUGUGUGGCUGAAUUGUGGGCAUAGUGGGUUCCAUGCAGGUUGUGAGUUGUUAUGGGUUUACGUGUUUUUACUGGAACCCAGUUGGACCCCCAAGUGGGGGCCAUCAUUACAUCUCAUGCUAAUCCCACAUGGUCCCACGUAGCUUUAACCUCUCCUCGUCCCAUUACUGACCCUGAUGGGUCAGCCCAUCACUGUCAUUUAUAUGUGGGGCCAACAUAAAACCCUUGGACAAUUUCUGGGGCCCAGACUGGGGCUAUCCAUAAAGACCCCACCUGGGCAUGUUAUCUGGCUUGGUACACCUUUGGCACUGUGCUGCCCUUCCACUACCAGCAGUCUUACACUCUAAUACGCUAAUACUUAAUCUGCAAGUGAAUGCAGGCCCAUGUGUAGAAAAGCAGCUGGCCUGUUUACCUAUUGUACAGCAGUGUGUGUUGAAUAUGGUGUACCCCCUAAUUCUCUCACUAAUAUUUAUUAUUUCCUGUUGUUACUGUAAUCCAAACUCACUUUGAGGCUAAGCUCUUGUGAUACACUGAUUGUACUUUUUCUUUCUUUGCACUUUUCUUAGACAGAGCACUAAUUUAAAAGACUAACCCUUAGUAACUAUUGUUAUGUUGGACUGUAAUGCACUAGUUGUAGUUAGUGGGUAGGUGAGAGGUUGGUUAAGAAGAUACAGGCUACAGUGUGUUGCUACACACUGCUGAUGUGUGUCUGUGUCAUAGUGGUUUUACUUUGGCAGGCUUCAGCUUGCUGCAUCUUUAGCCUGGACUCUUAAGGUUGCCUGCUGUUACUUUACAAUCUCUCUCUCUCUCUCUCUCUCUCUCUCUCUCUCUCUCUCUCUCUCUCUCUCUCUCACAGAGGCUGCUAGAGUUGGUUUGAGUUUACCAUGUUUAAGAGGGUUCACAGUGUUUCCAAAUUUGUAAACUGGCAUCUAUAAACUUAACCAUAUGUUUGUGUGUCUGUGUAAAUAUAUAUCUGUUAAUGAAUGUCCUCAGCCAUCUGCCAAGGUCUCUGCUGACCUAAUGCUGUGUGUAAUGAUUGUCACCAGGUUGUGAUGACCUGUUGCUUACUAGUCCUUCGUGGGUUUAUCAUCACAUGAGGGUCAGAGUGUUAUCAUCCCUCAGUCAGGUUACGUCACAGGCGACGGCGGUUGUGGAGGAGGUGCUGGUAUAAACAGAGUGGUGUAGUUUGAAGUCAGUUAGCACCCCUAAGCUACCAAUCACUAAUGAUUUUGCAAUGGGAGUUCUGGAAAUGUUCUUAUGCAAUAACAGCACUGUACAAGUCUGUUCAUUUCUCACACAUUCCAGGAAUGAAUUCAGGGGGCUUUCUGAUUCUCUUCCACAGAAAAUGAUUUUUAUGCCGGUAAAUUGUGCUCUAAUAUAAUGUAAAAUUGUUUUAAACAGAGUAUCUGCAUCACAUUAGCACUCUUUGGACUCUUUGUACUCUUUGUGUUGCUUAUUUAGGCAGGUAUGAAAACUGUAAGAUUAGGUGGUUUGGAUCUGGUCUCAGAUAAACUUCAUAGUGGUUUGCUUUUUGUGAGAACAUACUAUCAAACAUACUCCUUGUGUUUGAGCUACAUGGCUGUUCAGGUGCAGUCUAAGCUGAUUUAGUAUCCAAAUAAUUUCUACAGCUAUUAACUAAUGCCAUCUCUGCCAUUUCUCCAUGCUAAACUGAAAUGCUGCACUGAAAUAUGUUCUAGUCUGUAACACAGGGGUAGCUCAGGGGUCUAUUUUCUGGUUUGACAUUGACAAAAUGCAUCAGCAGUGGCAGAUUCUGUAAAACUGAUUUAAGUUCUCUCUUUAUAGUGCAGUAACUAUUCACUGAUUAUUUUGCUGCACUGUAUCCAGUUAAAUAGCACUAAUUACACUCUGUGUAAUAAAAUGCAUAGUGAAUUAUUGAGUUAUUAAAAAUUUAGAUGCCCCGUAUCGAUACAGUACAAUAUAAUGAUGAUAAAAUGCUGAAAAAAUCUUAUUGUCAGUACAAUGAGAAAAUGCAUCAUCAUACCAUAAAAAAAACUUUUUUUAGUGUUAUUAAAAGGUUUAAUUUCCCAAAACUUGCAGAUACCCUGUUUAAAGAUUUGAUCCUUUGGUAUUGACGUGAUCAGGUCAGACGUGUUGUGAUGACGUUUAAGUGAAGUUUAGGUUAUAAUUGUACUUUAUCUUUUAAUGUGUUUAAAGUAAAACAGAGCUCUUGUACUUGUCUUGUUUUUUUAAUGUUUUGUACAUAUGUGUUGUUAAAAUUGUGUUCUUUGUAUCACCGACAUUCCAAUAGAUUGUUUCUCGUCAGGCUGUUUUUAAAUCACUACUAGUGCAAAAGUCCCCUCCUCUGAUAUGGAGGAGUUAACACUUUGCAUACCCACAUGUGUGUUUUGUGCUGGGACAUGCUGAUAUGGCAGCAUUUGGCCUCGAGAAGAUCAGCCAACCACUUUAUCAGAGCGAGAUAAACAGUGGCUGAUUAAAGAGGAAGUUCACAUUUUGUUCUAAGCCUAAAUAAUUAAGUAGUUGUAUGUAAGUUGUGAACAUCAUUCAGUGUGAUUUGGUAUGAAAGUCUUUGUUCAGGAUUUUUUCAAAUUCGUUUUGGUCACUGUGGUGGUGAAACAGAUGUCUGAAAAGACAUGGCAUGGUGGGUCUGAUGAGUGGACCAGACACAGCAGUGCUGCUAAAGUUUUUAAACACCUGCUGGACUGAGAAUAGGCAGUAUCCUGUGAAUCCUGUGCAGCAACAGAUGAGCUUCUGUCUCUUACUUUACAUCAGCAGCUAGAAAGGAGUGUCUAAUCAAGUGGACAGUGAGGGAACACAGUGUUUAAAAACUGCAGCAGCACUGCUGUAUCUGAUUCACUCAAACCAGCAAAACAAUAUUUUCUGUCACCACUAUUGCAAAGAAAUCCUAUCUUUUCUUUGCAGUAAACAACCUUACUUUUGCUCUCCUUACUGUAAGAUCCCAAACAACUGAAUUAUUAGUGGAUUCCCUUUUAAGCUCUUAUCUGAAAUUUAUGGUCAUUUUUUUGUUUCAGUUUGGAAAAUGCUUCUAUAUCUUCAGUGUAAAACUGAAAAAACAUACUUUUUCAAAUAUUUCUAUACCAAAGUGAAAUGUUAAUUUGGACCUAACAGACUACAGAUCUCCAGUUUAGACUCUAAUGCUGCAGUGUAAAAGGGCUACGAUUUGUAUCCAUUUAUAAACUGGUUUAUUUGUUUUCUGAAAUGUUCUAUGGAUAUUUUAUAGCAAUCAACUGUCCUCACAUCAGUGUUCGGUACGACCAGAGUUUUAACUUGAGUCCAUUUAGAGUCAUCGAUGUCUGGCUCAUGGUUGUUUGUGAUAUUAUAUUUAUUAGAUGAGUACCUGUAUAAAUGAGACAUGUAUUGAAACUU